GCAAGCUUUACAGACGCGCCGCUCUGGGAGCCUCCAAGCCCAUCUAUAAAUUGAUCCGUGUAUUGUGGCCGCCGAAUUACUCCCGACUGCGGGGUCUCUGAAAAUAGGUCAUGGCCGCCGGUAGGAUGUUGCUAAAUCCGUUCUACAGAGUAACACUAGGAGCUCCAAUAUUCCGAAUGACGGUGCCGGUAACAUGCGGUACUCUUACUACGUCCACGCGCCACCCAUAUGUUUGAUCUCUUUCGGGCCGCUUAGCUGUGAAUGGAAUGCGCUGGAAUAUACUGCGGACAAGAGCAUGCGCUGUUCAGUGUAAGUAGUACAUAGAGGUCCAGCACACGUCAUUCGAUCUGGUCUGUUGUUGCUCUUGUCCCCUCCUGCUGCUGUGCUCGUGUGCUGUGCCUCUCCUUGCUGGUUUGACUUCUUGAUUUCUGCUUUCUGGGCUUUCCUACUGUCGGCUGGGCCGUUAAUACGUUGACGUACCAAACGCUGAGCAGGAACUCGACAUGCGUGCCAAGCACAUAUUAAAUCGUCUACCAAUUGGGACGAAGAUUAGGCUUGUGUAUGACAGAGUCACCCUCACACCGCUUACGACUGCGUUCACCGUCUUAGCGCUGGCGCAUUGCAUUGUCCAAAUUUCGCUUCAAGCAGUUGCUUAUGCCUCGAAUACCUCGAUGAAUUAUGAGUUGUCUCAACUUCUUCAUGAGACGAACGCAACAGGAGUACAUGCCUUUGUCGAGAAUGAUCAGCUGGAAAUUUGUCAGGACUCUGCAGAUGGGAACGACGAAUUGUGUUUUACUAUCACAAGUGUCGGAGUGGCUGGACAGGAUGACACUAUUCGACCUGGCAGUCCUUCAAACCAUACGUCUCGUGCUUUACAAAUGGACAUUUAUCCCCGUGCAGUGAAUGACUCGAAUCUCAGUACUCAAUGCUUAGAAGCACUGAACUGGCCACUGAUGAUUUUGCAAGACGCGCGAAGAGAGGACAUAUGCUUUCUUAUUUUCCAAGUCUGGCUCUUUGGAAUUUCUAUCGUCACGGUCCUCAAUGAAUCGAUUCCUCAUCUCGUCUCUGCGCUCGUAACGCACGUUUUAUCAACUAUUUGGAGCAUCUUCCAGAUCUCCCGCACUCAUCAGUAUGGAGGACUCUACAAAUCGCUCGUUGUAAAUGAUGCAUGCGGCGGGAUAAACGUCCUGUCAGGCUUCUGGAUGAAGCGUCUGAGUCUCUUUAUUCCUAUCUUUGCUUUGAACGCGGCUGCGUCUAUCAUUACACUUUUUGUUUCUUACAAGUUAUUUCAUGUAUAUGCACAUCAGACCUUCAAGCGAGUGGGCUGGUUGGAUAGCAUGAAUCGUUUAUACUCGCUUAUCUUGACGUUCUCUGUUGCCCUACAACUCUCGGCGUUCUUCGUCAUAUGCUCUUCUGCUUUAAUGGUGGACGCCUUGUUCAACAGUGUCUUUGUGAGAUAUGUUGUGAAUAAGACGGCCUACAGGAUUGUCUUUAUUCAUAUUUGUGUCUGGACGUUACCUUGGGUUUUCAUAGGCUGGUCCUCGUUUCGUAGAGAACAUCGGCUGUGGACAGUCAUGUUCUUCAUCAUGGGCACCGCGAUGGUAGGAGCAUGGGUAUCAAUAUUUCCAACCACUUUCUUUGCGAAGAAAUUUGCAGUCUUUCCAUUCUUUGCAACAAUAACUAUUACUUCGCUCUGCACACUGGUGGUGACAUUAUUGCUGGGAGCAAUAUGCCGCUUGAAUUUUGGAAAAGGUCUGCCACAAUACUUGAAGAACCAAGAACUCAUCGAUGAGCCGGGCUUCGUGCCCGUGUUCCUGACACGAAAGCGACAAUCAAAGUUGCUGUCGAUCGUCUUUCCGGAUAAGCGUAUCCCUUCCACCAUGCGCUAUUACCAGUCGAAGCAAUCUGGGCUAAAACAAGGAGCCGACGUGCAGAAUUCCGACGAAGCUCCCGCAUACGAUAUAGAAAGUCUUGGGAUUAAAUCGCCUAUGGAUCCAAAUCUUGCGAUGGACCAUGAAUUACCGAGGCAAAAGCGUGGACGCACCUCUUUCCUGUCUUCAUUGACAGGUUCGCGAAUAACGAGCUCGAGUUCACGUCUUUCAGUAUUUCAAACACCUAAUAGCGAUGCCAAGCACGUAACAUUUCCCGAAAGCGUCCACGACGCUAAGCGCUCCAGCUAUAUUCAGUCAUUCUCUAAUCCAGUUUGGCGCACAUCCGCUCUAGAGAAUUCGACUCCAGACACCAAGAGCAAUUCAGCUCACAAUAUACAUUCGCACUCGACGGGCUUGCUGUCUUCCUCUUCAUCUCCUAUGUCCCCUUCUCCCAAUACCUAUUCACGAAUAACUGAUGUUCAGUCCCCUCAGAGGUCAUCAUCAUCUACAUACCAUAAUGUAAUCCGAAUGACACCUCCGGCAGGCAAAGUUGGUUUACCAACUAGCCCUAAAUAUUUCAAAUAACUAAAUUUUGUACGUUUGCGUUCUGUAGCAUCCAAUCUGUAUCUCUACUCCGG